AUGUCCACUUCAGAAGUAACCCUUGAAGGUUUUCUAAUUCCACUGAAGGAGAUCAACUUGGCCACCAGAGACUUGAUCAGUCCAGAAACUCAUAUCGGAAAUGGUGGAUUUGGUGCGGUCUACAGAGGAAAACUUUCUGAAAGUUGGCAAAACUGCACAGCUGCCUUCAAACUCUUACAUCCCGAUCGUUACAAAGGAGAGAAUGACUUUCAUAUUGAGGUUGAGAUGAUCUCCAGCUUCAACCAUGAAAACAUCAUCCCCUUCAUUGGCUACUAUCACGAAGACAAUAUGAUGAUUAUAGCUUCAGAAUACGCCAUCAAUGGAAGCCUUGAUCAUCAUCUCCAAGACCGCAAUAAGAGACGUUGCCUAACAUGGCCACAACGCCUGAAGAUUUGCAUAGGGGCAGCAAAAGGACUCGAGUACCUUCACUCUGGUCUUGGAGAGGGCCGGAAAAUAAUACACAAAAACAUCAAGGGUGCAACCAUAUUGUUAGAUGGUAAUUUCGAAGCGAAAAUUACUCUUUCCAAAGGCCCCAUAAGUCAAAUCGUUCGCAUAAUGACUACUUUUGAUGUUGGUUCCUCCUGUUACAUGGAUCCUAAUUAUAACGAACGUGGCAUCCUCAAUGAAGAAUCAGACGUAUACUCACUUGGUGUGGUACUAUUUGAAAUAUUGAGUGGCAUGCUCGCUCAUGAUACAAGGAUUAUAGAAGAUCAGAAGCCACAAACUUUGAUGAAUUUGGUCCGAAUCUACUACGAUGAUGGGUUGGAAAAGUUAAUUGAUCCGUUGAUAAGAAAUCAAAUUGAUGAUCGUUCUUUUCGUAUUUUUAAAGAAGUUGCAUGUCAGUGCAUAACUUUCAGAUCGAAGGAUCGACCUAAGAUGGAUAACAUCAUCCAGCGCAUCGAGGAAGCAUUGGAUGUUCAAAUACAAGGAGCUCCUUCCACCAGUGCAACUAUACAAAUCAACCAAUAUCAUGAGCUAGAACGGUUCCUAAUUCCGUUGAAGGAUAUCAACUCUGCUACCAAAGACUUCAGCCCCAAAACUUGUAUUGGUGUCCAUGGAUAUGGUGAGGUCUACAAAGGACAAAUCUCUGAACAUAAGGAAAACCGCACAAUUGCCUUCGACCGCAUGUAUAGCUCACUAGGAGUCCAUCUAUUCCAUACUGAGGUUGAGAUGAUGUCUAGCUUCAACCAUGAAAACAUCAUCGCUUUCGUCGGAUACUGUGAUGAGGAUAAUGAGCACAUUAUAGUUUCCGAAUACGUUGUGAAUAAAAGUCUUGAAUAUUAUCUAAAAGACCCCAAUGAAAUCAGGUGCAUUACAUGGGCACAACGCCUGAAAAUAUGCUUAGGAGUAGCAAGAGGACUCAAGUACCUUCAUUCCGGUCUUGGGGAACACAACAUAGUAAUACAUAGAGAUAUCAAAAGCGCAAACAUUUUGUUAGAUGAAAAUCUAGACGCAAAAAUUUGUGGUUUUGUUUUGUCAAUAUUAGUUGAUCGAAAUAAACCACAAGUAUAUGAACCUGCUGCUGGUACCCCAUUUUACUUGGAUCCCAUCUACUAUGAAAGCGGCAUUGUCAAGACAGAACUAGACAUUUACUCAUUUGGGGUGGUACUAUUUGAAAUGUUUGACUGGGAUCUUGGCUUACAUAUCCAUUCUUUCCAAGUGUUCAAGGCAAUUGCAUAUCGAUGCAUUAGUUUGAACUUAAAGGAUCGGCCUACAAUGAACAUGAUCAUCAAAAGGAUUGAAGAAGCACUCGACAAUCAAAACCCCGGACCAGCUUCUAUCAUCACCACACCAAGAAAAGAAUGUCAAAACCUAGAAAAUUUUCUUAUACCACUCAAGGAGAUCUACCUUGCAACCCAAUACUUCAGUGUUGAAACUCAGAUUGGAGAUGGUGGAUUUGGUGUGAUCUACAAAGGACAACUCUCUGAGCACCGGCAAAAAUGCAUAGUUGCCAUCAAACGCCUUGACCAAAAUGGUUAUCAAGGAAGAAAGGAGUUCCUUACUGAGCUUAAGUUGAUUUCGAGCUUCCACCAUAAAAACAUCAUCCGUUUCAUUGGUUAUUGUGAUGAAGGCAAUGAGAUGGUUAUAGUUAGUGAAUAUGCUAGUAACGGUAGCCUUGACCAUCAUCUUGAAGACCCAAAUAAGAGGUGUUGCUUAACAUGGGCACAACGCCUUCAGAUUUGCUUAGGGGCUGCAAGAGGACUCAACUACCUUCACUCAGGUCUAGGGGAGGACAAUAGGGUAAUACAUAGAGACAUCAAGAGUGCAAACAUAUUAUUGGAUGAAAACCUUGAAGUGAAAGUUUGUGAUUUUGGUCUGUCCAAACAAGGCCCCAGAGAUCCGCAACCUACGCAUCUCUAUACAAAAGCUGCUGGUACCAACUUCUACUUAGAUCUUAUUUACCAGGAAAGUGGUAUCCUUCGUAAAGAGUCAGAUGUGUACUCGUUUGGUGUGGUACUGUUUGAAAUUUUGAGUGGAAUGAUGGCUUUCAACCACAGGAGCUUGGAGAACGAUAGACCACAACCACUGAUAAAUCUUAUACGGCGCUACUACAAUGAUAGGCUUGAGGAAUUAAUUGAUCCCUUUAUUAAGGAUGAAAUCGAUAGGCGUUGUUUUCAAACCUUUAAAGAACUUGCAUAUCAGUGCAUUAGCUACAAUUCAAAGGAACGGCCUACAAUGGAAGCAAUCAUCGAGAGGAUUGAGGAUGCAAUAUAUUUUCAAGGAAAUUCUUCUAAUCGAUUAUUUUGA